UUUAAAGUCAGCCUGACCUUGGCUUGGUCUCUUCAAAAAGAUAAAGAAGACAAGAAGAUACAUACAUUUCCUUCUUGUGCCAGCUCAAGCCAAUUGAAAAAUUCAAGGAUGCCAAAUUGGGGAGGUGGAGCCAAAUGUGGUGCGUGUGACAAAACAGUCUACCAUGCUGAGGAAAUUCAGUGUAAUGGACGGAGUUUUCAUAAGACAUGUUUCCUAUGCAUGGGUUGCCGAAAAGCUCUGGACAGCACAACAGUAGCGGCUCAUGAAUCUGAAAUCUACUGCAAAACAUGUUAUGGGAGGAAAUAUGGCCCUAAAGGAAUUGGUUUUGGGCAAGGCGCCGGUUGUCUCAGCACGGACACAGGAGAACAUCUGGGGCUGGAUUUAAAGCAGCAUUCACCAAAACCAGGUCGUCCUUCUACCCCUACCAACCCUUCAAAAUUUGCCACAAGGUUUGGAGAUGUAGAAAAAUGUCCUCGUUGUGGCAAGUCAGUGUAUGCUGCAGAGAAGAUAAUAGGAGGGGGAAAGCCUUGGCACAAGACCUGCUUCCGAUGUGCUAUUUGUGGGAAAAGUCUAGAAUCUACAAAUGUUACAGACAAAGACGGAGAGAUUUAUUGCAAAGUUUGCUACGCAAAGAAUUUUGGCCCUAAAGGAAUUGGAUUUGGUGGCCUCACUCAAGUUGAGAAGGUGGAAUAAGAUGCCAUGUUGAGAUCUCAUUUAGGCCUACCUAAAUAAGUAACAAUGAAAAUUUAAUUCCUUACACAGUUGUUAUAACAUGUUGUGGGAAAUCAUUUUUGAAAAAUAGCAUUUCAUUCCUGAGCAACAGAACUCCACAACAUUGAGAUGUGGACUCUUCAUAAAUAAUUUCUGAGUCAAAAUUCUGGUUAUUUUAUCAAGAUAAUUGCACAGACAAUCCUAACACUGUUAUUUUUACACUUGUGUAAAAUCUUAAUUGUGCUAAUUAAGCAAAACUCAAGUGAAGAUCAAACAUGAAAUAUAGGUAUUUGGUUAUGAUUUGUCAGAAUGAUAACAUACUUUAAUAAGUCUACCUGCAAGUGUAAUCUCUAUAUUAUUUUUUAAUUUUAAUCCUCUCAAAACUUUGAGGGGAAAAGCUGAUUGGUUAUUCCAUCUUUAAGCAUAUUUUACUUAAGGUAGCACUAAGAUAAAUAUUUCAUUCAUCAUUUCUCAAAUUACUUUACACAGUAUUCUUAUUAUAAUUUCAAAGACUUCACUCUCAAUCAAAAAUACAGUUGUAAUCUGCAUUUA